AUGUGGCAUUUGUCGGGCGAAUUAGACGUCGCAUCGUUGCGGCGUAUGCGUGGCUCGAUGCACUGCCUGUUAAUUCUUCCACCACGUUCUCAUUUGUAUAUGAAGCUACUUUACAAUAUAGCGUUGCUGGUCUAUAUCGGGUUUAUCUUUCGAUUGCUCAGUCAUAAUAUUGUUUUUCUUGAUAAUAAGUCGGGAAUCUUUUACCUGGCUGGCAUUUUGGAAUUACUUAUCGGACACUGUGUAGUCGCCAUGGAGCUGCUCUGGAGCAAUCAAAGCAAGAAGAUUGAGCAGCAGUUCCAAGAAAUCCAUGACAUACUGCGUAUCCGAUUGGGACGCAAAGUGAAUCUCGUUAGAAUAGAAGGCUACUGCAAUGUCAUCUAUAGAUUUAAUUUUAUUCGAAUUGCGGUGCUGGCAACAGUUACAAUAUACAACUUGAUAACUACGAAAAAUUUCUUUCUUCUCUGUAAUCUCUAUUCGGAGACUCUGUUUACACUGCGCUGUGGAGAGUUUAGUUUGCAUACUGUGCUUGUUUUGGCCUUCUUCCAAGAGCUUAAUGAAGCGGCCAACGAAAUCCUUUUGGGCAUGGAAAGACUUCGUCUGGAUCUAUGUUCCGAUUAUAGUUUUUUUUCGGAAUGCUUUGCUGGUCUGCAACAAACACAUCUACUGCUAUGGAAAACCCAACGCGAUAUUGAGCAGAACUUUUUGCGAAGCCUCAUUGUUGUUAUUAUGAAAAACUUUGUGGACACUGCAGUUACACUAUACUGGAUGUUUGUCAAUAUAAUUCAAAAGCGAGUGUCUGGUGUAAUUCAGCUAUAUGGUCUAACUGAGGAGCUUGGCAAGCUGUUGGAGAUUGGGAUACCCUGUUGGAUCUGUACACGCUGCGGAAGUCUGCAGCGCCAAUUUCGAUCGCUCUUUCAUGGUUUAACAGCGAAUCGCCAUAAUAAGCACCUGAAUAACGCUUUGUUGAGAAUAUCUGUGCAGCUUGGACAGGAAACGGCACAGUUUAGUGUUGGCGGCUUUUUGAUAAUUAACAAUGAAAUGCUGGGCAAAUUCUUGUUUGGCAUGCUUAGCUACUUUAUUAUUUGCAUUCAGUUUCAGUUAACUUUUAUAGACCAUAUUGAAGAAGAACACGCCACGGGGCUCGUUACUUCAACUGAGUUCAACUAUUCAAAAUACGCAUAG